GGUGGAGAUUGGAAAGAUGGUCAAGGCCCACGUCCGAGUGCUGGACUUUUACAAGAAGUCUUUCCUGGCCAAGUACUUUGCCUUCAUGGACCUCAAGCUGCGGGCGGCCUCCCAGAUCAUCACCCUGGUGGCCCUGGACAAAGCCCUGGACAGCUACACGGCUGCGUUCCUGGUGCUUGGCACGGCCAUCGGCCAGACCAGCCUGACCGCAAGCGUGACCGAUACUGCCGGACAGAGGAUCAGCUCGACCCCGCAGCAGAUUGAAGUAAACGGGCCCUUCUCACGCCCUCUGGGGUCUGCCCCUGCUGGGGGAGGGUGUCUUCUUGGUGACAGGCUGGACGGUCCAGCAACAGCCCAGGAAGUCACCACAGAGAGGCUUUGAUAAAAUGUGUGCCCGUCCUGGCUUCUGAGGAGAGGG